GGCCGCUUACACGACGCUCGAAUGUCCCUCCUCGCUUUGCAGGAAUUGAUUGUCUGCGUCGUCUUCGUCGCUGUCGUUGUUAAGAGCUUCCCCGGGAUGUACGAGGAAAAUGCGGUGGAGGAAGACAAGGACGACAAGGAACGGACCGCAGACAUAGAUCGCAACGAACACGGCAGUCAUGAUCACGACGAGAAACGGACCGCAGAUAUAGAUCGCAACGGACAUGGCGGUCAUGAUCACGCGUACUCGUAUCAUCAUUUUCUCGGACCAGUGAUAGGCCAUCACGAAGAGAUAUCUUGGAAAGAUAAGCAUGGGCACCAUCAUCACGACUACAAAGCUCAUCCUAAGUACAAAUAUGCCUAUGGUGUGGACGAUCAUCAUACUGAAGACCAUCACGGACAGAAGGAACACCGUGACGGCAAACAUGUAGAAGGCGAAUAUCACAUCCAUGAGCCUGGUGGUAAUGUCAGGAGUGUAAAAUAUCAUGCUGAUCCUCACGGCGGGUUUUAUGCCGAAGUUCAUAACUACGGCGGGAAUGAUCAUUCAGGUAGCACAUAUGGUAGUCAUAAACAUCGAUAGUUGCAAGAUAUCAUAAUGAAUAAUUAUCAAUAAAAUGAUUAAUGAAAAAGCCAAGAGUGACUAACGAGGAUAACGUUGUA